CUGAGUGUGUGGAGUAGAAGAAAAUUCGAAUUUUCACGGGAUGGAUUUUUUGAAUUUUCUUUAGUUGAGAGAAAAUCGUCGCUAAGCUAACGUGAAAUCUAUUUAAUCAUUCAAAACUUUAAUCGAAACGAGUUUAAUUUAUUUUUCUAAAUUAAUUGGAUAAACUGUGAAAAAUAUCACUUCAAGUGAAAUAAAUAUUUAAAAAAAAAAAGUGAAACGAAAUUAAAAACCAAAAAACAAAUCGAAUUUUCAAAUAGAAAAAUAUAAUAAUUUUUCUAAAACAUCAUAAAGAAAAAAAAACUCUAUUGCAGCCGCAACAGAUUUUUGAAAUAGCCGAACCAAAAAAUCGAAAACUUUUCAAGAUAAAUUAAAGCCAUGGCCCAGCUUAUGCAAAUUCAACUCCAAAGAUACGACGCCCAACCGUGGGGAUUCCGUCUUCAAGGUGGAAAGGAUUUUGCUGCACCACUUGUCGUCCAGAAGAUUAAUAGCGGUAGUUUAGCUGAACAAGCUGGUCUAUUGCCAGGCGAUGCUGUCAUUAAAAUUAACGACGUCGAUGUCUACAAUCUGCGCCACAAAGAAGCUCAGGAUCUUGUCGUAAGGUCUGGCAACAAUUUCAUCGUCACAGUCCAGAGGGGAGGUUUAACAUGGCGCCCAGCAGUAACUCCAACUGGUCAAAUGCCAUCCCCCAACUCACAUUCACCAUAUCCCCAAACAGUGACGAAAACUUCUCUAGCUCACAAACAACAAGAAGUUCAUCAUAUUGGCAGUGGAUACAAUAACUCUGCUCGUCCUUUCAACUCGGUUAAUGGAAACGAUGGUCAAGUGAAGAGCAUUGUCAAUAAGCAGUACAAUACCCCAGUUGGCAUUUACAGUGAUGAAACUAUUGCGGAAACUCUUUCAGCUCAGGCGGAGGUUCUAGCUGGCGGUGUUCUUGGAAUCAACUUCAAGAAAAAUGAAAAACAAUACCAAGGCGAUAAAUCUGAAGUAUUGAAAUUCUUGCAAGAAGAAGAAACCGGUGAACACCAUGAACCAGAACCCCGUAGUCCGGCAAACUUCUACUGGACACACAGCCAUGCAAUAGGAGGACAACGACCACGGUCGCGACCUAUGACACCAUCAUCGAAACCGCACGAUGAACGAAUCGGAACUCCUUUGCAGCAGAACACUCUGGCGCCGAGUGCUUCGCAUCGACCUAGUCUCCCUAGCCACCAUCCCGAAUCUAGAAGAAGGGAUGGUGCCGAGGAGGAGGAGAAACCAACCUCACCCACUCCAAGCGUGGAUCCUAGGUUGAUAAUUGUACCGGUGUGUCCGGCGCUGCAAUCACCCGAAUACAAAGCCGAAUUGGAAGCGGCAGCAGCUGCAGCAGGGAUAGCUCCACGGGAACAGAAGCCACUGACCAAUUUGCCGCAGUGUUCCAUUUGUGGUGUAGGAAUUGUUGGUGUUUUCGUCCGCAUCAAGGAUAAGAACCUUCACGUUGAAUGCUUUAAGUGCGCUACCUGUGGCACUUCGUUGAAAAAUCAAGGAUACUACAAUUUCAACAACAAAUUGUAUUGUGAUAUCCAUGCUCGUUUGGCUGCUUCACAAAAUCCACCAAGUGGAACUGAAGGAUAUGUUCCUGUACCAAUUAAGCCAAACACCAAACUGAGUGCUUCAACUAUUUCCGCGGCUUUAAAUAACAUCGGAUACAAUGGUUCUCCAACUAAUGGAACAACCACCCCAUUGUACUCUGCGCCACCCAGCAAUAUUGAAAGCACAAACAUAUCUGAUCUACCCCUGCCACCACCUCCGUCACCAACACAACUUCAACAAUUCCAAAUACAAGAUGCAUUUUGCAAUGGCAACCUUUUAACCUCCACAAACAACAACAACAACAAUAACUCCACCAUUAACAAUCAUUCACGCACGAACAGUAGCCUCUCGACAGCCUCAUCGUCAUCCUUGUCCUUGUCACCCUAUUCGUCAACAAAUGGAAUCAACAAUAACAGUAGUUGCAGUCCGAUCAACAACGCAAACAUUGAAAAUUCCUUAAACAAUCAUAUUGGCAAUGGCAACACUGCCAAUAGCAAUAGUUAUAAUUCAACAUCAACUCUGUCAUUAGACCGAUUUGCAUCUUCAUCAUCGUCACCAGGACACUCGCGACAACAGUCAACUUCGUCCUCGACUGGAAGUGGUAUCACUGCUACAGACUUUCAGUUGCCGCCACCUCCACCCCCACCACUUCCUCAGCAACAACAAAAGUAUCAUCAAUUCAAUCAAAUACAACAACAACAACAACAACAACACCCGAACUCAAUGACAAUUAAUCAAAGUGGCAAGCAAAACGAAAACGAUAUGAACUCGAACAAUCGAUAUGCAUCAUCUGGCGGCAACAACCCUAGCAACGGCGGAGCCUCCGUCCAAGCCAAUGGUGUCAGCGGACAAGGAUCAGCCCCCAGUGGUGGCAGAGCUGAUGAUUCAAUUAACUCACGCACCGGGCAGGACGGCGAUCAGUUCCAAUACGUAACGUUGCAUGGCAACGUAAUAAGGAGCGUUAUCCCACCCGGUAAGGGAGUUUCAGUCAACUACAAGGUAAAUCAGGGUUUCGCUCGUCCAUAUGGUGCUCCAGCUCCGGCAGCUGCCCCCAAAUCACCAACCUCAUAUCCACCACCAUCAGCUGCAAACAACAACUGGGGCCAACCUAGGCCAGCUCAACAGCAGCAGCAACAGCAACAGCAACAGCCAGCAAAUAAUAUGUAUGCUACUUUGCCAAGGAGCAAUGCUGGUCCCCAAGGACGCCCACACUCUUUCUAUGCAACACAAUACAGAAAGCCCAUCACCACCGGACCCAAUAAUAACUUCUACCGAGAGCCUAACACUAUUAACGCUCCAAAACAGACAUUCCCCAUUGCCUCGUCCACAUUACCACGUAGGAAGCCCACACUUGCCAAACCCACUGUGGCUUCACCAGUGAUGCCGGGUUCUAGUCAACCAACCGAUGCAACAAGCAUGCUCUCGGAUUCAAUUGGAAAAAUCACCAUAAACAAUAAGAACAAUUUUAUGGCUGAAGCUGGCAAGAUUAUUUCUAACAUGCUGGAAUCAAGACUGGCGAACAAUUCGAAAAAUAGCAGUACUAAUGAUCUCACAACACUUAGCGGAAGCAAUGGUAACAUUAAUACUUUGACCCGAAGUCCAAUGGUUGUGCGCAAGCGUUUCGAGCUGGAGGACUUUAAAAAUGUCGAUCCAACGGCUCCAGCUGAUCUUAAGCCUACGCAAGUAGUAAUGCCAUUGGAGCAGAAAGUUCAGCAGCCUCUUAAACAGAACAGUGUCAAUCUUCUUGCAACAAUGGAGGCAGGUUUGAAUCAGACAAAGCAUCACAUGAAGAACUUGUUGGAUAUCUGUGAUGCUAAAAAUUUGCAAAACUCCGCUGUUAAUAGUCAAAAUAUGACAACAAACCCAGAGGUGAAAACGGCUCUGGUAACAAUUCCCAUUCCACCACCUCAAGUUCCGAUGGUUUUGCAACAAAAAGCUCAGCCACAGACCCCAGUCCAGGUUCCGGCUGCGCCCUCGGCUCCAAUUCAACCUUCAGCUACUGAACUUGUGCCCCUAGAAACUGUGAUCUUUCGCAAUAAGAACAAACGCCCCAACAAAGGCGGAGAGCUUUCUACUCAAGCCAACGACCGCCGCUCAUACAUCGAACGCGAUGAGCCCAUAUCAGACACCCACCAUGUCAAUCCUCCGGUUUUUGAAAUUUCAGUAAAACCUACCAGGGGAACAGCAGCUGAGGACGAACAGGGAAUCGAUGAGACUAAAGCUGUUGUAAGUCAGCUUCUCAAGGACGGUAAGCGUCCUGUGUGUUGUCAAUGUGAGAAGGAGAUCAGCAGGGGACCUUUCAUUACUGCUUUGGGUCGCAUCUGGUGUCCCGACCACUUCAUGUGUGUCAAUGGUAAUUGCCGUCGUCCAUUGCAAGACGUUGGAUUCGUUGAGGAAAAGGGCGACUUGUACUGCGAGUAUUGCUUCGAGAAGUACUUGGCUCCAACUUGCAGCAAGUGCAAUGGAAAGAUUAAGGGUGAUUGCUUGAAUGCUAUUGGAAGGCACUUCCAUCCAGAGUGCUUCACUUGUGCACACUGUGGCAAGCUCUUUGGCAACACUCCAUUCUUCCUAGAAGAAGGUCUGGCGUAUUGCGAAGCUGAUUGGAAUGAACUCUUUACCACUAAGUGCUUUGCAUGUGGAUUCCCAGUUGAAGCUGGUGACAGAUGGGUUGAAGCUUUGGGCAAUAACUAUCACAGUCAAUGUUUCAAUUGCACAUAUUGCAAAAAGAAUCUUGAAGGACAGAGCUUCUACAACAAAGGCGGACGUCCAUUCUGCAAGAACCACGCGCGUUAAAAAAGCCCCAUGUCAACAAUUUUGUGUCUUAAACCACUUCAGGGAAUGUGCAUAUUUAAACCGGAAAAACAGUAAAAGAAAAACAGAAACUAUAUUUUACUCUUAUUGCUUAGCGCUUAUUAUUUUAUUAAUUUUAAUUAAAGAACAACAAAUGUGUAUGUUUUUAUUAUAAACAAAUAAAACGAAGUCAAUUUAAUCAAUGAUGGAGAGAGAAAGGGAGGAUAUUAAAUUAUAUAUUUUUGUAAAAAAAAAGAAAAGAAAUCAAUCAAUAUUUUUGCAUACAAAAGUUAUGAGUAGUAAUUUUGCUAGUGUAAGUUUUCUUGUCUGCUUCACUGUUUAAACAACAAUGUCGCAAAUCGAUUAUAGAUAUCUACAUAACAGCCUGGUGCUAUGCAAUGCAAAUUAAAUUGAAUCGGAGUCCUAAAAGUAUAUAUCUAUUUAGUAUGAUCCAAAAUACGUUACUACUCAUCUCUGUUUUAAAUUAAAUUAUUUUCACUAAAUUAAUGAACCGAUUUUAUUUCGAAUUAUUAUUUUUGCUUGCUUGGAAAAAAUCCGAAUUUUAAAUAUUGUAAUUUUUUUUAAUUAAUAAUAAUUAUUAACUUUGUAAAGAAAAAAAAAAAACAAAUAACUGAGAUAGAUUAUUGUAUGUCUUAAUGUAUUUCUUAAAUUUUUAAAAGUAGACAACUUUUUUAGAACACACUUUGGGUUCUAUUCGAGGGAAUUUUGUUUGUUUGAAUUUGUAAUAUAUUAAGAUUUAAAUGGAAAUUGUAAAACAUUUUGAGAAAUAAAGCUAUUUUAAUUUUAAA